AUGAGAUUUCCUGGAGGGGAGUUACAAACCUCCAUGAUAAAUGAACUGAUCGUAAAAGCAAUUAACAGUCAAGCUUUCAUAGGGGCUUUUGCUCCUCUCAUUGCUUCGGCAAUUACCCCCCAUAGUCAGGUGAUAGUUCAGAGUUGCAUUCAACCAAUCUUAAGCUCCAUUCAAGAACAACAAAAAGACAUAGAAGAUCAAAACGAACAGAUACAAUCACUGAAAGAAAUAAACUCUGAUCUCAAACAAAGGGUCGAUGACCUUGAAUGCGGUCUGGAUAAUCUGGAGCAGUACGGACGCAGAACAUCAUUACGAUUCCACAAUGUACCGAUACCAGCUCCAGGUUCAGAGGACGAGGAGGAGGUGGCCCCAGAUACUGAUGCUUCAGUGAUCAAAAUAUGUGAAGGGAUGGGAGUUACCAUCAGCCCAGAAGACAUCAACCGCUCGCAUCCGAUUGGACGUCCAAACAAAAAUAACAAAAUACAAAUUAUCUGUAAAUUCCAAAGCUGGAAAAUAAAAAAACCAAAGUGUACAGUGCCAAAAAAAAAAACCCUAAAAAACAACGCAGACAGAAUUUUCUUCAGAAAAGACAUAACUAAAUAUAGACAAACAAUCGUGUCGAAAAUCAUCCAAGCAAAAAAUACCAAAGUUGUACAUAGCUUUUGGACAUACGAUGGCAGAAUCUACAUUAAGUUUGAACUGCAAGGGACCAGAUUCGAGAUGACAUCUCUAGAUCAACUUGAUUAUUUAUUAAACCGUUAA